CAAAGUUGUACUUCCUCUAGCGCUGUGGACAACACUGCAGCUUUCGCUUCACUUACACGGAACCACGGUGCUGUUUAACAUGAACACGACUGUCCACAAGUAUACCACACUCGUGCCAGGAACCACCAUUCCGUUGAAUGUGAGCACGGCUACCAACAACUAUACCAUACCAAGAACCAUGAUGCAGCCAAACAUAACCACGCUCUCACCAGAGACUGCCCAUGCCCUAAUUACCAUCUAUGUGGUGGUGCUGGUGGCAGGCAGCGUGGGCUUGGCACUCAUGAUCAGAGUCCUGAAAGCCAACCUGCACUCGUGGACCACAAUUGCCCUCCUGAACUUGAUCUUUGCCCACCUCAUCUUCCUGCUCACCGUGCCAUUCCGCAUCUACUACUACGCGACAGGUUUCUGGUACCUGACCAUGUCCUUCUGCAAACUGGUCAGUGCCAUGAUCCACAUUCACAUGUACAUCGUCUUUGUUAUCUACGCCGUCAUCCUCACUGUGCAUUUCCUGCAAUACUACAAGAAAAUGGAGCAAAUGGUAUUUGACCGGAUGCUCCAUGCCAUGGCGGCCAGUGCCGGGAUGUGGUCCAUCCUGAUCAUCGUUGUCCCCAUCAUCUUGAAGAAUUAUGGCAACACGAAGCAACAGGCUUAUAGCUGCUUUGACUUUCAUAAUGAGCUCGAGAAUCAAUUCACGUUCGUGCUUAAUGUGUUCUUGUCUGUUGGCAUGGUCCUUGUGUCAAUUGUCCUGAGCUAUGUACUCGCAAUCAUUCUGCACUCGGUGGUCAGGAAGCAUGGUCGGGCUUUUCGGGCCCACCAGGAGUUCUGGGCCCAGAUGAAGCACGUCAGCCUUAUGCUCAUCAUCCUCAUUUGCCUGGUGCCCUAUCAACUUUUCCGAUUGUACUACCUCAGGAAUGCUGAAAGGCUGAAGGAGCAUAAUGAGGUGUUUCUGGCCUUCACCACUCUUACGUGCUUCGACAUGCUGCUCCUGUUCUCCGGGAAGGGAAUAUGUCAGAGGUGUGGGGUUUGAUGACAGGAAAUGGUCCUCUAUGUAGUUGAUCGCAGAGAGAACAGAGCAGCAGUCGAGGUUUUCUAGGAGGAGGGUGGUUUACAAACCGGCAAGAUCACAGAUCUACCCUGAUUAUGGCACAAUCACUGGUUGUUUCUUAAGGUCUUUUUCUGAAGAGAAGAAAAACUUUUCAUAUUUCGGAAUAUUUUCAUCCAGCAACUCAAAACAAUACUUCUUAAAACUGAGAAGUAGCACACAAUCAUCGGUUUGUAGCUUACUUGCAUAAGGAUAACUGGCGACUACUAGUUUUCAAUACCUAUUAGCAACGUUACUGUUACCCUAUAAAGUUGGGAUUUGGCGCCAUCUGCAGUAUAGGAAAGAAAUAACGAGAGAAGAAUGGGGCACUCAAACAUCUGUUUAUUCCUUUUUUCUUGAGUGGACUAUGGAGUAAAAUAAAAGAUCAAACUCUGAACUGUGGACAGUAUACAACAGCCCGUAGCUAUCUCUUUGCCAAACUAUAGUGACAUUAAAUAAAUUCUGCAUUAGUAAGAUUAAAGCAGCUAAUCUGUGGCCUCUCUUCUAGCAUAUUUAUCAUUGUUUCUUUUCAUUUCAAGCGAGUAUAGCCAAAAUUAAAGGUGAAAGAACAAGAGAA